AACAGUAACGUUCGCUGAGAGCAGAGCAAGUGAGUGUCGGUGACAAUGGCGGAAUCUCCCGCACUCGAUCCUAAAUCACCAUAUUAUAUCGAUCCAGAUUACGAAUCCAACGAGAAUCUCCCAAUGGCUAUACUAAGCAAAGCCGAAGACAACUACUUCAUCUGGAAGAGUGAUUUUCUCCUUUUCCUUCGAAGCAAGAACAAAACAGGGUUCGUCGACGGCACAAUCCAGCAACCAGAACCUUCCUCGCCGCUGUAUCAUCCAUGGGAAACAUGUGACGCGAGGGUAAAGUGUUGGAUGAGGAGCUCGUUGAGCGAAGAGCUUCUAAUCUAUGUAACCUUCUCGGAGGCUGCUCAUAAAGCUUGGGAAUAUCUCCGAGUUUUGUUUGUGCCGAGUGUUGAUUUCAAGAUCUACGAGCUUCGUGGGAGGCUCGCGAUGUUGAGGCAAGAAGAUGGUGGUGACGACUCUGUGGGUGGAUAUUUCGCGAAGUUUAUGAGAGCUUGGGCGGAGUUGUCUGAGUACGAUCCUGUACCUGAGUGUAAGUGCGGUGGUUGUAAUUGCGAGGGUGUGAAACGAGGUAAAGAGGCGAGAGAGAAGGAGCAGCGUUACGGGUUUUUGAUGGGGUUGAAGAAAGAGCUAAGCUUUGUGAGAACGCGAAUCAUGCUUAUGGAUCCUCCUCCGUCUCUUCAUCAAGCUUUUGUUUUGGUUGACCAAGCUGAAUCGUUGAUGAAAUCGACCCGGUAUAGUUUAGGAAACAGGUCGAUGAUCACAACCAUUCUAUCAGAAAAGCAAUGAAGAUACCAGGACAAACGGAGUUGACAGAUGUCAAGGAUACGAUCACGAUACACGAUCGUAUCAUGUCUUCAAUGCCCAAUCUCCACAUUCCUUCUAUGUAUAUUAUUCCAUAAGUAGCUUAACCUAGAACCUUCCUCUACUCUCUUUAUAUAUACGACUCUGUAAUCACUCUUGAAAAUAUAUCGAAACACAGCAGUUUACAUGGUAU